AUGGUCGCACUUUCCUCCGAGACGCGUACUACCCGUGUUCGAAGAAGUUCUUCAUCUGCGAUGCACACUCUUUUCGACAAUGUUAGUAUCGUAAAAGUCACCGCGACAUCAGCAAGCCAAGCAUCAGGAUCGGCGGCGGCAACCCCGUUAUCAUCCCAGUCUACGCUGUUAUCCAAGUUCGUUGCCUCGUUCAAGGAGUUUGAGGCCUACCAAGCCGGCAAGUUGGUCAACGUUGACGGUGAAAACUUAUCGAUAGCUGCUAUCACCGCUGCUGCUCGCUAUCAGGCCUCGGUCCAACUCGAUGCCUCUUCGGCCGUUAAAGAGCGCAUGAUCAAAAGUCGCAAACUGCUCACAGACAAAAUCGACAACGGAUUGAGUAUCUACGGCGUUACUACCGGUUUUGGUGGUAGUGCAGACACUCGGACCGAUGCGCCCCUCGUUUUGGGUCAUGCUCUUCUACAGAUGCAACAUGCAGGCGUCCUUCCAUCUUCCACCAAACCUCUCGAAGCUUUACCUCUACUCGAUCCUGUCGGCUCCACCGUGAUGCCAGAAGCUUGGGUUCGAGCUGCAAUGCUCAUCCGUAUGAACUCUCUCAUCAGAGGGCACUCUGGUGUGCGAUUGGAACUCGUCGAAAAGAUGAACCAACUUCUUACCGCCAACAUUACACCUGUCGUUCCCUUACGCGGGAGCAUAUCUGCAUCCGGAGAUCUUUCACCGCUUUCGUAUAUUGCCGGGACGCUUUGCGGUAACCCAUCUAUCCGUGUGUUUGACGGUCCAAGAACAUUUGGCGCGCGUCAAAUAAUGUCUUCCCGUGAUGCCCUGGCAACUCACAAUAUUGCUCCGAUCCCUCUUGCCUCGAAGGAACACCUGGGAAUCUUGAACGGGACGGCAUUCUCAGCAGCGGUCGCGUCGUUGGCAUUGAAUGAUGCAGUUCAGCUCACUAUCCUUAGCCAGGUUUGUACGGCAAUGGGAGUAGAGGCCCUCUUGGGGAACCGAGGGUCAUUCGAUCCUUUCAUUCAUAAUGUGGCACGUCCCCAUCCAGGUCAGAUCGAGUGUGCCAAGAACAUUUGGGACCUACUCGAAGGAAGUCAAUUUGCGACCCUAGAAGAAAAGGAGGUCACGAUAGCGGAAGAUGACGGUACCCUUCGGCAGGACAGGUACUCGUUGCGAACCUCUCCACAGUUUAUCGGCCCACAAAUUGAAGAUCUGCUCGCAUCACUUGCGACCAUUACUUUGGAGUGCAAUGCCACCACUGAUAACCCCUUAGUUGACCCUGUGAACGGGCACGUUCACCAUGGUGGCAAUUUCCAGGCCAUGGCUGUCACUAAUGCGAUGGAGAAGACGCGUUUGUCUCUCCACCACCUUGGAAAGAUCCUCUUUGCCCAAUGCGCGGAGCUCAUGGAUCCUCACAUGAAUCGAGGCCUCCCUCCCUCCAUGGCCUCCACCGACCCGUCGUUGAAUUACUUCGCCAAAGGCAUUGAUAUCGCGACUGCAGCAUACGUCGGGGAGCUGGGCUACCUCGCCGCGCCUGUCUCGACGCACAUUCAAUCGGCCGAGAUGCAUAACCAAGCAGUCAACUCACUCGCUUUGAUUUCUGGUCGUGCCACAAUCAAUUCCUUGGAAGUUCUCUCCAUCCUGACUGCUUCCUACCUCUACGUCUUGUGCCAAGCCCUCGAUCUUAGAUCUUUAGAAAAGGAACUCAAGGAAGGCUUGACUCGCAUUAUCCGGGAGGAACUUUCCCAUACCUACGCCAGCGAUGUCUCCUAUACGGAACUUAGUUCUGUCACCGUGAACGUUCAGAAAGCCAUGUUUGCCAUGUGGGAACAGACCAGUACCAUGGAUGCUAGUGCCCGGAUGCAGAAAAUUGCGGCUUCUAGCUCGACAGUUUUAUUAGAUUUCUUCACCCGGACACCGUAUUCGGAAAGCGAAUCGAUAGGGAAGGCUCUUGCUGCCAUUCCCAAGUUCCGGUCAACCUUUGCUUCAAGGGCUACGUCACUCUUUGGUGAGCUCAGGGAAGCUUAUCUCUUUGGGAAGCGUGGUUCUGCACCUGCGAGCCAGUACCUCAACAAGACCAAGCCGAUGUACGAGUUUGUAAGGAAGACUCUCGGGAUCCACAUGCAUGGCUCGGAAAACUACAAUAACUUUGCCAAUGGCCAUGGCUUUGACGAACAGACUGUUGGGCAAGAUAUUUCUAUUAUUCAUGAAGCCAUUCGAGAUGGUCGAAUGAAACCCGUCCUCGCGACUAUGUUCUGA